CGCACAAUAGAAAACUAUGCCCUGUGGCGCCGUGGCUGGAGAUGCUGCGACCGGUUGUGCUUUGGCGGCUAACGCGGCUUGGGGGCCCAGCGGUCUCCGUAGGGAGUGGUGGUCGCAGGGAGGUAGCUUCCGGUGUCCCUCCUUCGGGCAGCACCUCGCCCAGAGCCCUAAACAUCUUCGACAGGGAAUUGAAGAGGAAGCAGAAAAACUGGGCAGCUCGACAGCCUGAGCCUAUGAAAUUUGACUACCUGAAGGAGGAGGUUGGCAGUCGGAUUGCAGACCGUGUGUAUGACAUAGCCAGAGAUUUUCCCCUUGCACUGGAUGUGGGAUGUGGAAGAGGCUACAUAGCACAACAUUUAAAUAAGGAGAUUGUGGGAAAGAUUUUCCAAACAGACAUUGCAGAAUAUGCUUUGAAAAAUUCUUCAGAAACAGAUAUACCUACUGUGAAUAUUUUAGCUGAUGAAGAAUUCCUUCCCUUUCAAGAAAACACAUUUGACCUGGUGGUUAGCAGCUUAAGUUUGCAUUGGGUGAAUGAUCUUCCUAGAGCACUUGAACAGAUUCAUUAUGUCUUAAAACCAGAUGGGGUGUUUGUUGGCGCGAUGUUUGGCGGUGACACGCUCUAUGAACUCCGGUGUUCAUUACAGUUAGCAGAAACAGAACGGGAAGGAGGGUUUUCCCCACACAUUUCUCCCUUCACUGCUGUCAGUGACCUAGGACAUCUGCUUGGGAGAGCUGGUUUCAAUACCCUGACUGUGGAUACUGAUGAAAUUCAAGUUAACUAUCCUGGAAUGUUUGAAUUGAUGGAAGACUUAAAAGGUAUGGGUGAGAGCAACUGUUCUUGGAACAGAAAAGCCCUGCUGCACCGAGACACGAUGCUGGCAGCUGCAGCGGUUUACAGAGAAAUGUACAGAAAUGAGGAUGGCUCCAUACCUGCCACUUACCAAAUCUACCACAUGAUAGGAUGGAAAUACCAUGACUCUCAGGCAAGGCCAGCUGAAAGAGGCUCUGCAACUGUGUCAUUUGGAGAACUAGCAAAACUAAAUGAUGUCAUGUCACAGGGAAAAAAAGAAUAAAUAAUUUAUUCAAUUAUAA